CCGAGGAGGAGAGAGAAACACAAUCCUCCCCAGCCCUUAUCCUCCAGAACAAUACCCAGCCUCCAGCUGGAGAGGCUCGGCUUUUGUCCUUCUGCUCAAGUGGAGACCGGACAGACGUGUUGACACACUGACCCAGCAGGGAGAGGACAGGAGGAGAAAGCAGCCCCGCUCUGCUCGCUUUCAUUCAGUACUUGGACAGUUCCUGAGCCACAAACACAAGGAGUCUGUGUUUUCAUGAGAGCUGCUGAGGGACUGACACAUCUGCUUUGGAGAGCAUAAAGAAAACUCAAAUGCAGCCCCUCCAGUUUGGCCACAGUGAUCCCGUUGGAUCUGUGGGGUCACAGAGCAGCAGCACCAGCCUCCUGAAGCUGGGGGAGAAGCAGCUGUUUGAGAAGUUUUGGAAAGGGACCUUCAAGGCUGUUGCCACCCCGAGACCGGAGAGCGUUAUUGUGGCGAGCAUCACCGCUCGGUGGCGAGUGGCUGACUCAGACACAACAACCUGCCAGCCACUCAAGACGGAUGAUAGGAAAGCAGUUGACACACGGGCGGACAGCGCUAACAGAAAUGGCUGCGUCAAAGGACGUAAACACCACCGCCACCACCACCACCACCGCAGGGCCAAAAUACACUACUUUGAUGAUGCUUUCUCUGCUCGACCAAAGGGGAAGAAGAAGAAGAAGAAGUCGGAGCGCAAGAGGAAAAGAAAAAGGUCUCCUUCCCCCAGUCUGUCGCCAGUGAGGAAGAAGAAAAAGAAGAAGAAGAAGAGCUCAAAGAAAAGCAAGCGGCACAGGUACACCUCCAAGAAAUCCAAACACAGCUCCGCAAGUUUAAAACGUAAAAGGAAAGAUGAACGCAAGCGCAAGAAAAGCUCACGGACUCGCUCUCAUCGAAGACGACGCUAUCGGAGGUCAGAGUCACACUGCUCUUCCUGCCGAUCCUUCACAGAGGACAGACACCACCCGCAAAAGUCUGUGGUUCAUCAUUUGAGAGAACUGGGAGAAACCAGAGCCGAGUUCAGCCACACGGACUCAAAGUGGCCGCGCACAACCAAAUCUGUGUGUAAACCAGCUGAAAAAUAUCGCUCCAUCCUCUUAGCCGGCACCAUUUUACCAUCAAAGCCUGGAAACAAGCUUUUAAAUGGUGGUGGAGCUCAGGAAUCGGCGUGUCUUGCUGAAGGUCCUCGUGAUUACGACUCCGGGAAUGACACAUCUUCGCCUCCAUCGAGUAAAACUGGUGUUUCACGGACAAGCGCCACUGAGAACAAGAACAGCCUGUGUCAACAUCUGGCCUCGCCUAACAAGAAGCAGAAAUGUUCUUACAAAGACAACGGCUCUGAUUCAGGAAACUCUGUGACGAGCUACGAUUCUUCCUGCAAACCUUACGAGGAGGACAGAUUGUCUGCGAUCGUUUUCAGAGGAAACGGCAAGAGUGAGCAGAUAACCUUGGGCUGUCAGGUAGAGGUUGUGAAAUCUCCAAAGAAGAGGAGCAGAUUGUCUCGAAGGCGGUUAAGGAGCCACUCAUCCGGCAGCAGGAGCAGAUCCUCGGGCAGUUUCAGAAACUCUGGACGUCGUUCUCGAAGUCCCUCUCUGUACUCGUGCAGCUCGUACUCUCGUUCUCUGAGCAACUCGUCUGAUACGAGGCGAAGCGGCAGCUUGGUCAGCCUGAGCUCCAGAGGAAGCUACUCCAGAUGCAGCGUUGACAGACUACGAGACAGGAACAGACCAUCCAGCUCCAGGGAAGCAGGCGUGAAGCGUAAAGUCGGCGGGAAAAGACGAAGACGCAAAUCCUACACUCCUAUGAGGAAGAGGAGGAGAGACUCUCCGAGCCAUCUGGAAGCACGCCGCAUCACAAGUGCCAGAAAGCGACCCAUCCCUUACUUCCGACCCAGCCCUUUCUCCAGCAGCCGCUCCACCAGCGUGUCAUCGUGGAGCAGCCUGUUCACACGCAGCCGCAGCCGAAGCAGCAGCUACUCGUCCUACAGGAGCUACAGCCGCAGCUCAUCGUGGAACUCCAUCUUUGGGUCCCGCAGUCGCAGCCGGAGCCGCAGCCCCCUGAGAAAACGAAAGAAAGCCAGACAAUAACGUCUCUCAGGAAGAGAGCGGCUACGGCUUUUGUGUUCUCAAGCGAGAGCUUGGACAGCAGCUGUCAGAGCAGUUCACCGUGAGCAUCUUUAGGAUCCACUUUGCUGCCUGACUGGAAAUGUCCCAGCAGUGACUCCACCACAUCUUUCAUGGAGACAGCUCCGUUCCUUCAGC